AUGUCGCAAAGAUCUCCUGAAUUCACCACGAGACAAACUCUUCAUCAACUGGCAGAUCUAUGCCUCUGUCGCACAUAUCAUUCAGAGCAAGUGCCAGAAUUUGUUAGCCUAUGGACAACCGUGAUAGAGGAGGCAGUAUCCGUAAAGCGUGAAAAGAAGGCGUGGGGAAUGGACGAGUUUAAGCGGUUCGAACAGUUAUUCGACUUGAAGUCGAGUAUUUCCGAGUUGCAGGACAGUCUUGAUGCCGCAAGGCAAGACAACGACCAACUACAGAAGCAGCACCAACGAGACGUCAAAAGGUUACGAGGCAAGAUCAAGCAUCUGGAACGACAACUUCAAGGAAGCAAAGAUCAUAACAAUGUGGCCGAGCAGAAGUCUCUGGACUUGGAAUUCAACAUUGAGCAUAUCUUCAGACCCAAAAUCAUUCAUCUAGAACAAAAGCUCAAAGAAAGCCAAGAUCGAAACAACAUUACGCAAGGAAGAUUAUCAGCCACAAGAACAAAGUUUGAAGAGCUUCAGACCCAGACAACUAGCGAUUGGAUCGCUCGAAACAGACUCGAAAUAGAGAACAAAUCUUUGAAAACUCAAUUGACCAAAGCGCAAAAGAAACUAGAUGAGCAUACAUUCAUUAAGGACAAGAACCAGGACUUUCAUGAUCAGAUCAAAAGCUUUGAAAUCAAAGUUAAGCAAUACAAAGUCAUGUUAGAGGAUUCAACAAGGAAAGCUAGUGAGAAUGAAGAAAAAGCCGCGGCUGAACGUGGUGCGAAAGAGGCAAUGGAGAGUCGCCUCAAGGCUCAGCUUACUGAACGAGAGGAUGAGAUUGUAAGGUUCAAGAAUCAUCAAGAGGAGUUGGAACAAACCAUUACUGAGACACAAGCUAGUAUCGACACUUGUUGGUGGCAUAGACUUUGA